AUGACCACUGCGAAACUGGUGAUGAAUCCGGAAUUUAUGUCCAAUGGGAGUGCCGAAAACGAUUUGAGCGCUGCUGUUGGUCAGCAAUCCUCCUUCAACUCUUGGUUCCCUCGACCGAAAUGGCGCUUGCACUUGUCUUCUGACUGCCAUAUCAAGUCUUGUGACGACUGCGAAGGUGAUCGUGGAGUUGGAGCUAUCCAGAGAGCAAUCGAGUUCAAUGCCUCACAAAAGUGGACCGGAUAUUGGCGAUUAUACCCUGCUCAAGACCCAUUGGUUAGAGAGAGCAUUGCGUUCAGCGUUGGAAGAAGAAGGGGAGGCGCCCAUCGCAAUCGCCUGGCCAUCCAACGAGGGGCGUUGGUUGUUGAACGACUCUCCACGAUGAGUGUGACGGUGGUGGAUUCCAAUUCCAUGAAGGUUGAAUUGCGUCGCGAGGAGUCCUUGUACCCUUUACGGAAAGUUGUCGGGAACGGCUUUGGCGAUGUCGUGGCGGGUGCGUCAGAGUGGUUCGGGUAG